AUAAAGAACGUGCAGCAGGAGCUCAAAAACAACAUCGGUCUCGUCAGGCAAGAAAUCGGCCACGUCAAGCAAGAGCUCAAAAACGAUAUCGGUCUCGUCAAACAGGAGCUUAAAGAAUUCAAGGACAACGUCAAGGCCCAAUACCAGCGCCUUGAAGCCCAGAUCCGUCAAUCCCAUGCCUACAUGCGGAACAACGCUUUAAGGAAUCCGACUCUCCCCAUCCGCCCUGUUGUU